AGUUCGCACAGCGCGUUUCCCCUGGAAGGAGGAGAGACAGCGGCUCAUUUCCUGUCGAUGUGUGCAGCCGAGGCCCGAAGCUUUUGCAACCUCGCCCCGGACAGCGCGCACACCGGACUCCGGCCCACGGCAGACCGCCGGCCGCUUCUGCAAAGGAGCCUGUGGCCCAGUCUGGCCGGCCCGGCCUGGCCUGGUGCAGGAUGUCUCGGCCCAGCCACAGUGAGUAUGUGCUGCAGCAGCUGAACAGCCAGCGCGAGUGGGGCUUCCUGUGCGACUGUUGCGUGGUGAUCGGCGACAUCUACUUCCGGGCCCACCGGGCGGUGCUGACGGCCUGCAGCUCCUAUUUCCGCAUGCUCUUCAUCGGGCAGCAGCAGCAGGCGCAGGCUGCCCCGGCCCAGCUCAGCCUGAACGAGGCCGAGGUGAGCGCCGACUCCUUUGACCUGAUCCUGCAGCUGAUGUACCUGGGCCGUGUGAUGGGCCAGCCCUCCGACUUCCAGCAGCUCCGCGCCGCCAUGUCCUUCCUGCAGCUCUACUACGUGCCGCGCAGCCUGGAGGAGCUGCGGGAGGCCGGGGCCCCCUCCUCCUCCUCAUCCCCUCCUCCCCGGCCCUCGGGCCCGGCCCAGGGACCCAUGCUGUUUGGAGUGAGGAUGCGAGGCCCGGUGAAGGGAGGAGGGGUAGUGGCGACAGAGGCAGCGGUAGCUGCCGUGCUAGUGGAGGGAGAGGCCGAGCUAAGACCUAGCAGUGAGGUGGGCCCGGAGCUGGAGGUGAACCAGGCCCCGGGCAGGCUGCCUACCCGCAAGCAAGGCCGCAAUGGCAGCGGAGGGAUGAAGGGCCGGCGCUUUGGCCGGCGUUACACCUGCGACCGCUGCGGCUUCGUCUUCAGCUGCGAGCGUUUGCUGGACGAGCACUCGCUGACCUGCGGCAGCUGCAUGGCCUUGCCAGGGGAGGCCCGGCCCGUCACCACGGAUACAGGGAGCCAGGUAGAGGGCCCAGCCAGGCCUGUGGUCAAGACGGAACCUGAGGACACGGCUGCCACGGGGCUGGGCGACCUGAUGGUGGUGGAGGUGCACGAGGAAGAGGAGGCGGCCAUUGCCGGGGGUGACGAGGAUGAAGCCUGCGGCCGUCAGCUGGGCUGGACAGAGGACGAGGAGGAGGAGGAGGAGGAGGGAGGAGAGGAAGUUGAAGGCCUGAAGGAGGAGACGGAGACAGAGGCCGGUGACGGGUCGCUAGGCCCAGCCUGUGAGCUGUGUGGUGUGGCUUUGCCCGAGAGCCAACGGGCUGACCACUACGUGUCCCGCCACAUAGAGAGCGUAUGUGCCUGCGGUAAGUGUGGCCGCAUCCUGGUAAAGGGGGGCCGCAUGCAGGAGCAUGCAGAGCAUUGCUUGGGUGACGGGCAGGCGGGUCAGGCCUCGGGCCUCUUCUCCUGCCACGUGUGCGGGGUCGGCUUCCGCAGACGGCGCCAACUGGAGGAGCACAUGCGCCAGCACAGGGCAGGCAUGGCCUUCCGCUGCCCUGGGUGCACGCUGGCCUUCGAGGAGGAAGGGGCCUGGGCCGAACACAUGUCCGCCUGCCUCCUGCCCCAGGCCGGGCCUCCGGGCCCGCCCCUACGCAAUUCCCAUCGCAAGCACGUCUGCCAGCUGUGCGGUAAGGCCUUCUUCCAACGGUGCCACCUGCGGGAGCACCAUGCCACACACACCCGCGAGAAGGAGUUCACCUGUCACAUCUGCGGCAAGAACUUCCUGCGGGAACGCCUCCUGCGGCUGCACCUCGACAUGCACCGUGGCGUGGCCCGCUAUGUCUGCCCCAGCUGCGGCCAGGGCACCUACCGCAAGCAGGACCAUCUGCGCCACCUGGUCUCGCAUCUGUCCGCCGGCCAGGUGGUCUGCGACGUCUGCUUUCAGGUGCUGGGGGGCAGCCAGCAGCUGCAGAGGCACAUGGACCUGCACCUGCACACCUGCAGCUUCUGUGGGGACAAGUUCAAGCACAAGAAGGACCUCAGCAACCACCAUCUGACCUUUCACACCAAGAAAGGUCAAUAGGACCUCAGCAACAAUCAUCUGGCCAGCCACACCAACAUGUGAUAGAACUUCAGCCACACCCAGAAUGUGUAAUAGGACCUCUGCUACCAUCAUCUGUCCAGCCACAUCAAAAAGUGCGACAGGACCUCGUACUGUCAGACCAACCACAUUGAUGCGCUAGCCGAGACGACACACCAAUUCCUCGACUUUCUUUGCCUACUGAGGAAAUUCAUCAUGUCUCCAACCACUCUGAAAACUUCUAAAGAUGCACUACAGAAAGCAUACUGACGGUCACAGGGUGAUGGGGUGAAUCAGCUGGUCAUGCAGCAUCCCUGGAGAACAUGGAUAGGUGAUCUUUCUGGUCGGGACCCUUCUUCAGACUGAUUACUGUGGUGGCGGGACAUUUGUCUGUGGAACUGAUGCGCUACAAUGCUGAGAACUAUAUUCGACACUCUGUAUCUUCCCCUUUGCUCCACCUAUUGUACUGGAGUUUGACGAGUUUAUUUAUGGUUUUUCUGACCUGUUUGAAGAGCAUGCAGUACAAAGCUUUUAACUGUU